AUGAUUUUACAUCCUAACGUUAAUAAUAAUAAUAAUAAUAAUAAUAAUAAUAAUAAUAAUAAUAAUAAUAAUAAUAAUAAUAAUAAUAAUAAAAGUAAUAAUAAUAAUGUUUUAUCAUAUCACUUUCACUGGUUAAAGAGUGCAAACAGAAUUAUGGAAUUGCUUCUAUAUUAUACAAUAUUAAGGCUCAUUAGUGAAAUUAAACGUGUUAAGAUGAGAGUUUUCAGCAAGAUCAUUGAUGUUAUUGAUGGUAUCAUUUAA